UGUUACAUUUCUCAAUAAGAAAAGUUGUGGCCAUGAUUCUAUUUCUACAAUUUAAUAUAUUAUUGCUAUUUAUUGCAACGUGUUUUGCCCAAAAUGGCUGCCAGAUGAAUCCUAAUAAACCGUUGCGAGCACACGAGACAGAUUGCGCCAAAUUCUACCAAUGCAGUAACGGGCAUGAUUUCGAAAUGACCUGUGGACCUGGCACUGUUUUUGAUGAGAAUUUACAGGUUUGCAACUGGCCAUCGGCGGUGGACUGCAAAAAGAAAUCAACUCCAAAGCAGCCAGAGAAAUCUCAGCCCCCGAAGAAAGACGGUAAAGCACCUUCAAAAGCUCCAGCCGCUAAAGAUGCUAAAAAACCAGCCGCUAAAGAUACUAAAAAGCCAGCCGCAAAAGCUGAGAAAAAACCAGCUAAAGCUUAAACAUUAAAAAAAAAUGUAACACUAUAAACGCAACCACAAAGUGAUUAAAUAAUUUUCUGAUUUAAAUA